UUGGACCAUUUCGCGGUUAAUAAUUUCGCGGUCGGUACCAUUUCGCGGUACGUACCAUUUCACCUUUUUUUUCUUAUAAUUUAUCAGUACAAAUGAACCAACAAGCAUGGCACAUAAAACGUGUACUGUUCCCAAACAAUACGUACCAAUUGUUCAACUUGUGUCGAAUGACCUUGAAACCAAAAGUGAUUGUUCAUGAGUACAGUACUAUAUACAAUACACACACGUCUGAUAUUGUUGCAAUAAGCGUAGACCUUUUCAAGUUCAACAUUUUUAAAUGAACACAAUGCGAAACUAUAAUUUGAGUGCGUUCGUUACAUUUGCUAUCAGUUAGCAUUUGUUUGUCAGGCUAGUGAUAUGGAAAGCGAGGAGGAAUUUUUUGGCUUUGACGAUCAAGUGAUAAAGGGUGAUGGCUGCAAAAUCGUGCCUUCAAAUCGUGGAGGUUUGAAGCUGUCCUACGACGGAUAUAUUUAUUACCAGGAUUCAGAGACACCAGACUAUUGGCUAUGGGAGUGCGUGCGACGUCGCAAAAAAGAUGCCACAGAAAAAUGCAAGGCCCGAGCAAAAACGAGGAUCGUUUCCGGAAAGCACACCGUUAUUUCUUCAACCGAACACAAUCAUAUGCCCGAUCCUUUAGCCGUUGAAACUUGCCAAUACAGGGCGGCCUUGAAGCGUAAGGCACGUGAAGGCAACGAACGACCGGAAAAGAUUAUUCGUUUGGUUGCGGCCGAGUCACCGGUUGAGGUAAGUGCCUAAAACGUGGAUGUAGCAAUUAUGGCAGAAUUUCUCACAUUGACCUUGCCAUAAGUCUACACAUUACAUUUUCUCUUUUUUGAAAGUAAUACAAAGCAAUGUUCACGUUUUAAGGUCCAGACCGUGGUAUCCAAAAAGGCACAAAGGCGUAUUUGCCAACGCGAACGCAUCAGCUCCCUGCCGUUUGAUCCAGAUGAUUUUUCGAAAGUCGACGAACGGUUUACCGUCACUUUUGAUGGCAGGCCAUUUUUGAUGAAGAACGUGGAAUUCGAACAUGGCCGCAUUAUGCUUUUUACAACUUCGAUUCAUCUGGACAAACUGGCACAUUGCGAAGCUCUGAUCAUGGACGGCACAUUUUCAUCGGCGCCAAACGGCUUUAAUCAAAUAUUCACCAUCCAUGGAUCUGUCAAAAAUGGCAAUGGCCACGUGUUCGUGCCUCUAGCUUACUUCCUUCUUCCAAAUAAGAAAGAAGCUACAUACGAGAAGGCAUUCAAGUUAUUGAAAAGAGCGGCGAAGCAAUUCAAAAUCAAAAUUGAUCCGCCGAUCGUGCUAACGGAUUUUGAAGCUGCAGAAAUCAAAGCAGUAGCCAGCGUGUUUCCUGAUGCUUCCAGACGUGGAUGCUACUUUCAUCUGGCAAAAAAUAUGUGGAAACACAUCCAAAAACUGGGUCUUGCUAAUUCUUAUGCCAAAUCAGUCAAAUGCCAAAUGGCAUUCAGGCAAACAGAGGCCUUAGCCUUCUUGGAUCCGCAAGAAGUUGACCAAGGCCUUGCUGCUAUCCGUGCUUCAGCACCGAACACAAUGAAGCCGUUUUUCGAUUAUUUCGAAAAAACAUACGUGCUUGGUAAGAUGAAAAGCAGUGGGCGUCGAGGCAAACCGCGGUUCGCUCCGGAGUUCUGGUCGGUGAAAUCGAGCACGGAGAAUGAUAUGCCCAGAACGUCCAACGCAGUUGAAGGAUGGCACAACAAGUUCGGGGGCCUCUUCAAGGAUAGGACUCAUUGUAAAUUCUAUGAAGUGUUGCGAGCUUUCCAGCAGGAAGAACACGAAACGUCCGCGAAGUAUUUGCAGAAUUUGCAAGGCGACGUCUUGCAGCGGCCGAAUCCUAAGCUGCAAAUCAAGGAGGAAAAGUUGAAGAAAACGUUACUGCGGAGAGAGAUCGAAGACAUGCCCCUUUUCGAAUUCAUCCAAAGCAUCGCUCUUAUUUUACAAAAUAAGUAAAAUAACUAUGUUAGACUUUAGAAUUUAUUUAUGUGAUGUUAUAAUGAACUCUAAUAAAAGAAAAAUAUACUUAAUUGUUCCUGUUUCAUAUUUGCCAUUUAUUGUGUAUUAAACCCUCUUCGUGCAUUAGCUGAUGCUCACCCCGCUGACGUAGUAUUCGCUCAGCGUGCCUGUCUGGAUCAUAAUGACCCCAAUGCACGACUAGGGUUAACCCAAAAGAACACCUCAUGGAAAUAAGAAUGGUGAAUAUUU